AAUGGAGAUGGGGGUGUUAGGUACUUUUCUCCUGGCUCUUUGUAUCAGCCUCAUCGUUUAUGUCUUCACAUGGAGGAGAAAACUGAAGAGGAAAAAUAUGCCCCCCGGACCAUCCCCAGUACCCGUCCUGGGCACCAUGAUGUAUGUGAGUCCCAAGGAAAUGCCCCAGUCUUUGGUGAAGCUGAGUGAGACCUAUGGCCCUGUGUUCACCAUCUACCUAUCAAACGUACCUACUGUGGUUUUGUCUGGUUAUGACUGUGUGAAAGAAGCUCUGAUAGAUCAUGGGGAUAUAUUUGGUAUUAGAGGUCCAUCAGAACUUGGAGAUCUGCUCUUCAAAGGCUAUGGACUCAUUCUCAGCAAUGGGGAGCGCUGGAAGCUGAUGCGUCGAUUCUCACUGUCUACUCUCAGAAAUUUUGGCGUGGGGAAGAGAAGCAUAGAGGAACGUAUACAGGAGGAAGCCCACUAUCUUGCAGAAGAAUUUAGAAAGAAUGGAGAACAACCUUUUGAUCCCACAAGUCUCCUACGUUUGGCGGUGUCCAAUGUCAUCUGUUCCGUUGUUUUUGGAGAGCGAUUUGACUAUGAAGACAAGAAGUUUCGGACCAUGCUUAAAUUGCUGGAAGAAGUAUUUUUGCUCAUGUCCUCUGUAUGGGGCAUUCUCCUCAAUCUCUUUCCAAAAACAAUGAAGAUCCUUCCUGGACCCCAUCAGACAAUAUUUACAAAUCUUGACAAGCUGAGAAAGUUCAUCGCAGAGUCCUUGGAGAGCCACAGAAAGACACUUGAUGUUAAAUGUCCCCGAGACUUCAUUGACUGCUUUUUGAUCAAGAUGGAGGAGGAAAAGGACAACCCUAACACUCAAUUCCACUUUGAUAAUUUGUUUGGAACGGUUAUUGAUCUCUUCUUUGCUGGGACAGAAACUACAAGCACCACUCUAAAGUACAGUUUACUUAUUCUGCUGAAAUACCCAGAGGUGGAAAGAAAGGUCCACAAAGAGAUUGACCAUGUAAUUGGCCAGAGCCGGAGCCCAUCAAUGGAGGAUCGUGUCAAAAUGCCAUAUACAGAUGCUGUCGUCCAUGAAAUUCAGCGGGUGGCCGACAUAACCCCUAUAGCCCUGCCUCAUGGUGUCAGCCAGGAUGUGACAUUCCGAGGAUACAAUAUUCCUAAGGGCACACUUGUGUUCCCUCUGCUGACAUCUGUCUUGAAAGACCCUAAAUAUUUUAGGAACCCACAGAAGUUUGACCCCACACACUUUUUGAAUGAAAAUGGUGGCUUCAAGAAGAAUGAUGCCUUCCUACCUUUCUCAUUAGGAAAGAGGAGUUGCAUCGGAGAGGGUCUGGCACGGAUGGAAAUUUUUCUCUUCAUCACCUCUAUUUUACAGAGGUUUAACCUGACAUCCACCGUGUCCCCCGCAGAGCUAGAAAUAACACCAGAACCUAACAAGAACGGAUCAGUACCCAGAACGUACCAGCUGUGUGUGACUACAAGAUGAGUGACUGUUCCAGGAUGACAUACUCUU